AACACAUUAGUGAGGGAAAAUCCGUCAAAUUCAUAAAGCAAGGAAAUGACUCAAUUUCAAGGCAGAGUCCACAGUAAGAGUCUAGACCAUGAAAAGGUGAUUCACCGUGUUACAGACAGUUCAACAUCAAUCAUUUAAUUCUGAAUGCGCAUGGUGUCUGACUGCUGACAUUAGUAAUCAAUGGUGCACAUGUUCAUACAAAUGGCUUACCCCUGGGAUGCAUCAUACUUUGUGUAAGAGCAGCAUAGACGUCACUCAUGAGUUAUACACACGCACGCUCCAUUUAUUCGUGAUACUGCACAAAACAGGCAGAAUUCAAUAGCAAGAUCAUCUCAAAUAAAGCUGUUGAAUGGCACUCUAUGAGGAGGUCAUAUUAUAUUGGAAAAAUAUUACACUACCACACAAGUGCAAAAGUUUAAAACUAUGAAAAUAUUUGCAAUGGACUGUGGAAUGAAUCGGGGGGGGGGGGGGGGGGAAAAAAUCACCCGUUGUGGUUCCAUGGCACCUCCAUGCAACUGUGGGCGGAGCUGUUGGUAUGACAUCAUUAAAGAGAGUGAGGAGUGGUUUAAGAGUGUCACACCAACGCAACAGCUGCACAGUGACAACACAGUAAUGACCACACAGUUGAGUGCACUGCCGACCAAUGUGUCCUCUCACAUCACCAUUUUACUUCUCAUCACACUUUGGGUGUCUCUGCAGCAUGGCUGUGGGCGCCCACUGAUGGAGGGCCAUGACGCGGAUGCCCAUCACGAUGUCAGAGCAGCGAAGUUAAGAAGCAAACGUUGCGCAUGUAGCAGUGUGCACGACUCUGAGUGCUUCUACUUCUGCCACCUGGAUAUUAUUUGGGUCAAUACGCCCAGUAAGACAACACUUUAUGGCCUCGGUGGCGCUAAGGCACGACAACCGAGGUCUGCAGGCAGGUGCACUUGCGCUAACCUCGACGACCUAAUCUGCACUCGUUUCUGCUAUCGACGAAUCAUUUUGUGUCCCCUCAGAGGUGUGACUAGCGGGUCCAAGAAAGUCUACAGUGCAUCAGACUGAGGGAAAAAAAAAGUCUCUGAGG